AUCUCCCCUUUUCGAUCUGCGAUUUCUCAUCAUCGUCGAUAUCAAGGGGCCGGCGAUUAUUCACGAUAUCGCCGAGAUCUGUGGUUUGUGCACCAAGAGCUGUCAGCGAGUCAUCACAAGACCAGGCGCUUGGAAGUAUGUGGUUUGUGCACCGAUACCAAGGGGGGGAUGACCUUUGCCGGCAACUAGGCGCUUAAGAAGUACUCUAACGAUGAAGGAGGGCAAUGUACAAGGGCUGUUUCACUAGGUUCAAUUUUCAAAUUGAGCACCUGAACCUGGAUGAACUGGAGUAUAUAACACGGACUACUCCUAAAUCAGUAGAAAGACGGCGAAUCGCUGAUCGGAGAUGGCGCUUCGAAACCUGAUGACUCGAAAAGCCCUUACCGGAGCUGCGACGGCGUUCCGGCAGCAGCUACGCGGCCUGCAGACCUUCACGCUUCCGGAUCUUCCCUACGAUUACGGCGCCCUUGAGCCGGCGAUCAGCGGAGAGAUAAUGCAGCUCCAUCACCAGAAGCACCAUCAGGCCUACGUCACCAACUACAACAAGGCUCUGGAGCAGCUCGACGACGCCAUCAACAAGGGCGAUGUUUCCACCGCCGUCAAAUUGCAGGCCGCCAUCAAAUUCAACGGCGGAGGCCAUGUGAACCACUCGAUUUUCUGGAAGAACCUUGCCCCUGUUCAUGAAGGGGGUGGUGAGCCUCCAAGGUCAUCUUUGGGAUGGGCCAUUGACACUAAUUUUGGCUCCCUGGAUGCUCUGAUCCACAAAAUGUCUGCAGAAGGUGCUGCUUUACAAGGUUCUGGCUGGGUGUGGCUGGGUCUUGACAGUGAACUGAAGCACCUUGUGGUUGAAACCACCCCAAAUCAGGAUCCUUUGGUUACUAAAGGAACAAACUUGAUUCCCCUGCUGGGCAUAGAUGUCUGGGAACAUGCAUACUACUUGCAGUACAAGAAUGUGAGACCAGAUUACUUGAAGAACAUAUGGAAGGUCAUGAAUUGGAAGUAUGCAAGCGAAGUUUAUGAAAAUGAGUGCCCUUCUCCAUUUGGGUCAGGCAGAACUUGAUCAGAUGAUGACUCAAGGUGCAAAGCUUUUAUGAGUUUAAUGUCCAAACAGAAAAUAAGGCAAAUUGUUCCCCAAGACUUGUCGACCUAGAUGGCUUUGUUCUGUGUAUUGCGGGUUAACUCAUAAACACAAAUGUUGUGUGGGGAUUAUUGCCCGUUGUGUACUGUGAACCGUUUGGUAAGAGUUAUUUGACUGAAUAUGUCGAAUCUGCCGAAAAGUAAAUUAUACAGUGCUAUUCAACACAAAUGAACCCAUGAAGAGAACUGUUUUUAUUACGAGGCUUGGUAUCUAUUACUUCGCAUUGUACAAAGGUUCACGGGGUG